AUGAGCGCUAGGCAGGCCGAGGAGGAGCCGGCUGCUGCCGCCCAUCCACCCCUGCCCAGGCUGCUUUCCGCCUUCUUCUAUGGGACCUGCUCUUUCCUCAUCGUCCUGGUGAACAAGACCGUGCUGACCACUUACCGAUUCCCAUCUCCAAUGGUUCUUGGAAUUGGACAGAUGGCAACCACCAUACUUAUUCUGUAUGUGUCAAAAUUAAAUAAGAUUAUUCACUUCCCUGAUUUUGACAAAAAUAUCCCUGUGAAGCUGUUUCCUCUGCCUCUGCUUUAUGUUGGAAAUCACAUAAGUGGAUUAACAAGCACCAGCAAACUAAGUUUGCCGAUGUUUACAGUGCUCAGGAAGUUUACCAUUCCACUUACAUUACUGCUGGAAAUCAUCAUACUUGGGAAACGAUAUUCACUGGGUAUUAUAGUCAGCGUAUUUACCAUCAUUCUUGGGGCUUUCAUAGCCGCUGGAUCAGAUCUCUCUUUUAAUUUGGAAGGCUACACCUUUGUGUUACUAAAUGAUAUCUUCACAGCAGCAAAUGGAGUAUACACUAAACAGAAAAUGGAUCCAAAGGAGCUGGGAAAAUAUGGAGUCCUUUUCUAUAAUGCUUAUUUUAUGGUGAUACCCACAAUGAUUAUUAGCUUCUCCACUGGAGACCUUCAGCAGGUCACAGAUUUCAAGCACUGGACAAAUUUUUUAUUUCUCUUUCAGUUUCUUCUCUCCUGCUUCUUAGGGUUUCUCUUAAUGUAUUCUACAGUCUUGUGCAGCCAUUACAAUUCUGCACUUACGACAUCAGUGGUUGGUGCAAUCAAGAAUAUAUCCAUUGCUUAUAUUGGAAUGUUGGUUGGUGGAGACUACAUAUUCUCUAUAUUAAACUUUAUAGGGCUAAAUAUUUGCAUGGCAGGAGGACUGAGAUAUUCAUUUUUAACAUUAAGAGACCACAACAAGCCUAAGCAGCCUACAGAUGUAGAAAACACGUCUUGA